GGCAACACUGUCUAUUAGUCUCGUUUCAAUCAAAAUGGCAGCGGAAGAGAAGAAGAACACUAAGCAAGAUAAAGAGAAGAAAUUAAACCAAGAACAAAUUAUAAAUGGUUUCAACCAAUUGAGACAAGAACAGAGAGCGUUAGUGGCUAAACUCGCCGAAUUAGAACUUGAAUUAAGUGAACAUAAUUUAGUAGCAGAUGCUCUAAAAGAAGUUCCAGAAGGCAGGAAAUGUUUCAGAAUGAUUGGAGGUGUUCUUGUAGAACGUACUGUUAAAGAAGUCUUGCCUGCAGUUCUGAACAACAGAGAUCAGCUCGAAAAGGCUAUUGAAAAUCUGAAAGAACAAAUAGCAUCUAAAGGAACAGAACUAAACAGCUUCAAAGAAAAGUAUAGCAUUCAAGUACAGGAAUCGGCUUCUAUACCAGUACAGGAACAGGCCUCGAUGCCGGUAUCUUCAAAAGAGGAGGAGGAUUCUAAAAUAGCACCAAGUGUCUUAGUGGAAAAUAAAGCUUAAAAGAACUGUGUGAAGUCAGCUUGUGAAAUUUAAAAAGAAAAAAAAACUCUAAAAAAAUGUCACAUUUACAAUUUGUUAAUAUUUGAUUUCAUAUUUAAUACUUAUUGUGUUGUUCAAUUUAUUUUUGAUCUUGCCUGUGUUGUUUCUGCAUAAAUUUUGUAACUACUAAUAAAGGUAAAAUAGGAUUUUUGUAUAUUUUU